AUGAAAUCGAUCACAUUCAUCUUACUCCUCUCUUCAACCUUUUACUUCAAUACGAUAUCCAAAAACAUCCAAUCCAAUCCUAAAGUCGAAUCCAAUCGGUUUAAUCCCUACAAAAAUGCUUAUCCCGACACAGAACCCAUCAACUGUAUGAAAUUUCCAAACUCACCAGGUGCUACACCCUAUGCUUACAAAACCACCGUAGACGCCUGCCUUAACGCGGCUGAAACGCUCAUCAAUAGUGGUAAUCAAGGCGUAGCUCAAUGUGAAAACUGUAAACAAUACUUUUUAGAUAAGAAUGAUAGACCUAUUUAUCCGAGUGCCAAGACUGGUAUGAAUUUGAAAAACCUUGAAUAUUAUACCAGAAGGUAUUUGUAUAUGGCUUGUGUACCUGAAAACAAAUCAUUACCUCCAGUAGUGGUACCUGAGAUUGAAGAUAUACCCCCGGAGUAUGCUGUUCCAGAUAUCAGCACUCCCUGGACUAUAGAGCUCAUGGAUUUUAGCCUUGAUCAGUGUCAAGCUGGUGAAAAUUCAUGA